AUGGAUACGUGUGUGUGUGUGUGUGUGUGUGUGUGUGUGCUGUCCAGACACUGCUGGGUGUGUUUUGCCACGGAGCGAGACGACCUCAGUGCCGAGUGGGUGAGCCCCUGCAGGUGUAAGGGCUGCACCAAGUGGAUCCACCAGGCCUGCCUGCAGCGCUGGCUGGACGAGAAGCAGAAAGGGAACAGCGGCGGAGCGGUCAGCUGUCCCCAGUGUGGCACCGAGUACCGCAUCACCUUCCCCAAGAUGGGCCCGUUGGUGUAUUUCCUGCAGCAGGUGGACCGAGCUCUUUCCCGGGCCAGUCCAUUCGCAGCCGUGGGGGUGGUGGUCGGGACCGUGUACUGGUCCGCCGUCACAUACGGAGCCGUGACCGUCAUGCAGGUCGUGGGACAUAAGAAGGGUCUGUAUGUGAUGGAGAGAGCCGACCCCCUCUUCCUGCUCAUGGGGCUGCCCACCAUCCCCGUGGUGCUGGUUCUGGGGAAGAUGUUCCGCUGGGAGGAUUACCUGGUCCGGCUCUGGCAGAGGUACUGCUGCAAGGGGAAGCUCCAGCCAGGUACACACACACACCUUUCAGUCCGCUUGACUGCCGCGGCGGCGGUGUUGUUGUGGCGGACGGGCGGACGGAGGCGGGACGACCGGUCAGCGGCAGCAGCACGGAGAGAAGCGGCGGCGACACGGCACAGUGCGGACUGA